ACGAAAGCAGUAAAGCCAGUAAAGCUAGCAGUCCAACGGUGAGGGUACAGAUGUAUUGCACUGCUUGUUUUCAGUGCUCAGUUCAACAAUCAGAUAUCAGGGCUGCUGAUGGACUGGCUGCAGAGGCCAUGGUCUAAUAGUCAUCUGUUGACAAGCAGCUUCGGCAAUGUCUGCCAACUCCCUCCUGAGGUACACCAUCAGGCUGAAGAGGAAACAUGUGGCUGCAUGUGUGGUUCAGCAGAGAGCUCUGUCAGGGGCAGAUGCUGUUAAUGCACUCAGACCGUUUUAUUUUGCUGUACAUCCUGACUUCUUUGGUCAAUAUCCCAGGGAACGGGAAGUGAAUGAGAAUUCAUUAAAGAGGCUAAAUGGCUAUCUGGAAAACCUGCAGAGGGCUGGCUCACGCUCACUUCAGCCAAUGAAGCUCACCUUUUAUGUCAGGGACACAAAGGAUGGCAGUGAUGUGCAGCCAGACCUUCUCGCCUCAGGGUUCCGGUCAGUGAGUUUCACCCUGCGCACAAACGAUGUCUUAAGCACAGUGAUGAAUGUCUUGAAGUCCUGCAGCCUGUCCAUAGAGCACAUGAAAGGAGUGAAAGCAAGUUCAGAGGCAUCCAAAAGUCCACCUGAGACGGGGCUGCCUUUCUACAGACCUAUCAAAUGGGAUAAGAGCUACUACACCUUCACUGGGUUCAGAGACCCCGAGCAGGAGCUGCAGCAAGCCAGGAGAGUGGAGCCUACACUCAUCUUGUGGCUCAGGAACAAUGAACCUGAGGCAACAAAGAAGCACAGGGCCAGUCUUCCUCUGAGAGAAGAGCUGGACAGACUGAAGAAGGAACUGUGUCAGAAAUUUGACCUUGUGGAUAUCAGGUGGCAGAGAAGCUGGGGAGUGGCCCACAGGUGCAGUCAACUUCAGAGUCUGAGCCGACUGUCUCAGCAGAACCCUGAGGCCCUGAUCAACCUCCAAGGACACACUGUGGUGUUUGCUGACCAGUCAGGGAUGAAUGCUUCUGGAGACAUUAUGCUGGGAACCAUGGAUGUUCAUCAUCAGUGGACCAAAAUGUUUGACCAGCUGCCCAGCUAUCACAGCCUGCAACAGCAGACAGAUUGGCUGAAAGAGAGGAUCAGCUUCCUCCUGGGUGGGACUCAGGUGGUCCAUGUGGAUAGGCUGGGACCAGUCCAGCCCAUCAUUGAGCACUACAGCACCCUUAGCACCUUCCACAAGAGUCUGAUGUCCCGACACCUUCGCCUGCACCCCAGGAGCCUGCAGGGGCUCACAAUGUUGUUGGAGAAUGACUGCUCUAACCCCAGUCUUCAUGAGAUGGGGCACUUCAUUAUCCCCACCAUCUGUGAUCCUCCUAAGCUGCAGGUCUUCCUCCAGAGCCACGCACCCGAGGCCAGACAGCGAACCCAUCGCAAAAAUCAGCUGCAGGCAGAGGAGGAGGCUCUGGUGAAGCUGUGUCUCCACAAUCUGUCUCUGAAGACUCUGUCCAAGGAGCCUAGUGUCAGCUCCAGCCAGAUGAUCCUGUGUUGUAAAAGGCUGGUAGAGCAGCGCUCUCCCCUUAUGCAGGGCCUUCACAUCUGUGUUUCUCACUUCUACUCAGUCAUGCAGGAUGGGGACUUGUGUGUCCCCUGGGACUGGAAGAGCUGAGCUAGAGGGACACGGCCAGUGUUGGAAAGAAGUAUUUUUAGUGGUUAAAUGUUGUUCAGGCAGCAAGUAUACACAUUUUACAGGGUCAUUUGUUAGAUGUCAGGUGGCCAAAACAGAUUUCAUAUAUGUUGAUUCUCAAUGGCAACUUUUGGAAAAAGAAAUAAUCUGUUAUGGGGUUAAUUCAAACUGACCAUAGAUGGCUCAUCCAAUAAGCAAUUUAUCCUCUUGCAGGAAAAGCCAUAUUGCGGAAUUUGAUUGACAGUGGAGGUUAGUUAUUCCCAAUUUAGGGUGAGGACUGCAGGGGUUGAGAAGAAGAAAACCAUUCUGCUGCAUAAAAUUAUGUUGUUGUUUUUUCAGAUUUUUAUCAAAUGUUUGCUUUUAUUCUUAAAUGCUGGAGAAUUUGAUGUCUUCAGGUAUGAAAAUGAAAAGUCUGAGAACCAGGAAAUGUUUGGUUGAACUGUGAUAAGGGAAGCCAAGAAGUUGAGAAGGCACAUGUGAAAUAUGUAUUUUUUUCUUUUUUUUUUUUUCAGACAAGGGUUUUUUGUUUUAUUAAAUGUUUUGAGAAAGAAUCUUAAUCAUAGUUCUGUGAAAGACACAAUUUGUGCCAUGAAUGUGCACCACCAUGUGCAACAGUCAGCAAACCACCAAAAAGUAUUACAGAACUGAAACUUAUCAGUCUGAUUGACAGUCCGACACUGGUCAGAUGAAAAAAUGUAGUAUGCUCACAAUAAAAUAUAUGUACAAACUGGAGCCUGACCACAUUUAGUUCUCAGUCCUGACCGGCCACUCUGAAAGGCAUGAAAACUAGUGUGUCGAAACGGUCCUGAUCACAUGAGCUAAACAUUGUGUUUCUCCAUAUCAGUCUGGACCCACCAACCACAGACUGUAUGGAUGACAGACCCCCACUUACCCCAGCUAUGCUUAAGUGAGGUUAAAAUACCCCAGAUAUGGGCGCUGCCAUCUUGCGAUGUUCAUGUUAUUGAGAGCUGGAUUCUGCUCAGUAUCAAUAUCCACAGUGGGGGAGUUCCCACCAAAACACCUGUUUGACUAAUCACGAACAGCCCAUUUAAAUGUGAGUACAUGGAUUGGCUGUCACAGCCGUCAAUCAUGAUGGAAAAUCCCCUUUUUGUAGAACUAAAUAACUAAUUAAAACCGAAUUUAUCACAAAAACACUUGAACAAACAUCUGGGUGAUGUGAACUACCAUCUGUGACAAACUGUCUUUCGGUCUGGGAAAACUUUAUGUGCUGUGUACUUGAGUUUUUAGUUUGGCCUAUGUCCCAUUUACUAACAUGGAGGGGCAGGCUUUAAGACCUAUGCUGCAGACAGACACCAGAGGGGGAUCCAGAUUGAAAAGUUACACUUUGGGGGAGCUGUCAUGUUGUCCAUCUUUAUACUGUCUCUGUUGCCAACCCAAACACUUUCAGUAGGCUGGAGUUACUCACUUUGACAAUACUGAUGUGUUAGCAUUAGUGUCUGCUCCUCUACUUCACAAAUACAUUGUCAGUUAAUUAUACUAUAUAUACUCUGCAUGUGAAGGUGACUGUUGGCAACAAACCCUAUGAGGGUUAUGUGAUACACUGGCGUUGCAAAUAUAAUGCAAAUAUGAUGUUAUUUCAGCAUUUCUCCUUCAGCAGCCAGCUGCCUCUUGACUGCUAAAUACCAGCUGGCAGCGUCCUUGUUGCCUGUCUGAAGCAUUGUGAACCAGUGUACAUCUGCAUGGCUGUGACCCCCAGUUUUGCAGCCUCUCCUCCAUCAGCCAAUCAGGGGCCAAACAACAAAAACAUUGUAGCUUAUCUGUACCAGGGAACAUUAUCUUAAUCACUAACAGAGCCAGUAAGUAAAUCAAGCUUCCGUUAUAUCUGGUCAGAAAAACAGCAAAUAUGUCUUAUACUGUGAGAAACUCUGCCAGUGCAUCCCCUUGUUGUUUAAUUGUUGUUGUCAAUUGUAUUACUGAUGUAACUUCAUUUACUGCUGUGUUUACUCUGCUAAUGUUAGAGUUAACACUUGUUGCUGCAGGAGCAGCCUUUACUUUUUAAAAGCAGCAGCCUGAACGCUACGUCAUCACGGCAGUCCCUGAUUGGCUGCCUAUAUUUUCAGGUACAGAGUGGAUCCCUGAUUGGUCCAACCAGACUACAGUGGACUUUCAGGUCUUUCAGGUUGGAGAGAGUCCAAACUGAGACAGGAAGAGAAACAGAUCACAUCAUCAUGGUCUUACCACGCUAAUGAAAAGUCUGAUGUCAGAAAGAGGAUAACAAUACUAUUUAAGAUUUACUCUUGGUCUUUAGACAGAAAUGCUGCAUGGUGUCGCAGUGGUUAGCUCUGUUGCUUCACAGCAAAUAAAUUCUGGGAUUCAAGUCCCAAGUUGAAGUUUUGAAUUUAGUUCCUGAGAGCUGCACGCAGCUGCUGACUGUCCUAUAGAGGACAGGUAAAAUGCAGAUUAGAAUUUCGCUGUACAAUGUACAUGUGACAAUAAAGAAUAGGUCUUCUUCA